CUACUUUUGCCUGAUGUCCCGUUAUCAUUCAAAAAGACAUACGCAUAAAAGACAUACACGACACACGAAUAGUAAGCGAAAGGAUUUUCGAAAAUGUCUGAGUGCAGCCCAAUCCAGGGCUAUCCUACUGUCCGUUCACAUCAGCUCAGCAGCGGAAGAGAGAACAACAGCUCUGUUCUCUGUGAUGUUAUUGCUGCUAUUAAGAAACUGAAUGAUGAUCAGUGGAUGGCCAUUACAGGAGGCAUGUCUAAAAUUGCGAGACUGGACUUUGCAGAAAUAUGCUUAUGCAUUAUUUCAAACGUGUCAAAGUCUGCAUGCAAGAUGUUCAUGCCAAUUGUCCAAAUCUUGGACUUCAGUACAACUAACAUGGAGGAAUCACAGCAGUCUCUCAAUUCACCUGACACUGCUGUCUCAACAGAUUCCUUACUGAAAGAGUCUCCUUUGGACAUACCUCUCGUUCGUGCCUUGUGUGUGCAAAUUGUUCAGGAGGUCAAAGCAGCCUGUCUUGUGGCUAUUGAAAGAAUUGCUCUAAGCAGACCAUUCACUGGGUCUGGUGAUGGCUGGAAGGACAAAUGUUUUCGACUAGAGGAGGAGACUUUCAAAGUGUUCUUCAAAAGACUGGAUGAACUGGACCUUUUUGCUCAAAAGCCAGAUGCUAGUAGCUUUUUGAAUAAGAAACAGCUUAUGGAGUUGGAAGUAACAGAUCUGACACAGCAAGUGGUGACUGCCAUCUUGACUGUUAUUGAGAGCUCAUGUCCCAAUCGUGAGCAUCCCGUAGCAACCACUGGCCUGUUACAUGUGGUGGCCAAGAUGAGGAAAUUCUUGGCCUCUCCAAAGACCUAUAACAACACACUACCACUUGGUUCCUACUCCAGCUCUUUAAACCAAGGGCAUCCCCUCCAGCUCACCUCGGACUUUAACGUGAAGGCUUUCAAGACGGUCCUCGAAGUGCUGUUCAGAUCCAUCAACUGUCCAUUUGUGGAUGCUAGCCAGUUCAAACCAGAUAAUGUGGCAUUAUUAACAAGGGAGAAUUCUGUUUUAUCCUACGUUAUUACAGCAUGCAACAUCAUAUCGUACACCAUUGACACUGUUCUUGAGGUCCUUGUUGCAUUGUCAGAAGACAAAGAAGAGGACUUUUGUUUUUAUGCCACUGAGAUGUUCCUCAGAGUACAGUAUAAAGUCAAGCAGUUCAUGAUCUUGGGUAAGAUAUCUGGAAUGAAAGACAAAAUACAUAGCACAGACUCUCAGCCCGCAUUCAAACUAGAUUCAGAGGAUUUUGUUUUUCCAAUUGUCACUAAGCACAAGGAGGAGUCAGAAUGUGAGAGGAGCCUGGUGGCCACGGACUGUGUUGAUUAUGUGACUACUGAAUCUGAUUCAGGAGUGGACCCACCAGUUGCUACUUGUAAAAGUUCGCUGGAGAAGGAAACGUAUGUGUCACAGAAACCCACCAUAGCUGCUUCAGAUAUUGCAAAGGAGCUGGAUGUUGGGGAAGCUGUUGCACGGUUGGAAGACUUCAUUAACAGUGGGGAAAUUCACAAGUUUUCACUUGAACUCACAAAGCAGGUGCUUCACUUGCUAAAAAAGAGCACUUGCCAGAGAGUCAACCUGGCUGUCAACCAAACUGUUUCAGACACAGAUCUUCCAUCACCGCAGAGAGGAAACAAUGAGAUAGACAGCAGCAGUGUCUCUCUUGAGUUCGCCUACAUGUUUGCCGAGGACUCUGUGAAAUGCUUCUUCCAUCAGCUGCUGUUCCCUUCUUGUCCAAGCAAAGUGAGCGACCCAAAUGACUUCAUCCAGAGCAUGUGGAGCUUCAACCCCUGCCUGGCGAUGGCAGCACAUGAAAGCUGCUCUGGAAACACUAUCUGUUCCUCUCGUGCCCUGCGUGAAACAGUGGACUUACUGAGGGAGGUUAUUGUGAACCAGGUGAUGGGCAGCUUUUCACCAGCGCCAGCUUUUCCUUGUGCAAGCAGAAGCACUGAGGAUGCAGCUGGCACCACCAGUUGUUUUGAGACAACUGAUGACCCCAACUCCAAGUCAACCACUGCAAAUGAAAGGAAAAGGAGCAAAAAGAGCUGGAAGCAAAAACUUUGCAUCUUGCCUAAACUGAAGAUUCCUAAAGAGAGGAUCUAUAAAAAGUAUUUCUCUAGGAGAAAUGCUGUGAGCCCUUUGGCACCAAACCUGGCAUGUCCACUGGACAUUGAUACAGCAGAAGGAAAUCAUUUGCUGGAGAACCUGACCUUUACAUCUUCAGUGGUUAUCAUCAGUGAACCACAUGCCUCCACCUCGCAGCAGAUAGAAAAUGUCCCUGCUCCUGACACAGCAGCAAAGAAACCAAAGAAGCGCAACAUUUUCACCAAGUUCUUCUGGUCUAUUACCAAGUCUCUGCAAACAUGCUUCAAAAAGUAAUAGAGACAAUAAAAUAAUUGUAUUACAUUUUAU